UUCCGGCUCGGAACUCUUUGGUUCCUCCUGUCACUCUCAGUUCCCCCCCCACCGAACAAUGUAACCCGGCGCCGGGCCGGGAUGCUGUUACUGGGCUCCGAGUUCCCUCAGGACAUGGACAGCCAGGCCCUGGUCAUCCGGAUCCGCAUCCCUGACGGCGGCGCCGUGGACUGGACCGUCCAGCCGGCCACACAGCUCCUGUUCCGGGAUAUCCUGGAUGUGAUUGGCCAGGUCCUCCCCGACGCGACGACGACGGCGUUUGAAUAUGAAGAUGAGGAUGGGGACCGGAUCACGGUGAGGAGUGAUGAGGAGAUGAAGGCUAUGCUGUCCUAUUAUUGCAGCAUGGUCCUGGAGCAGCAAGGGAGCAGUCCACUGGUGGAGCCUCUUCAGAUCUACCCUCGUGCCUGCAAGCCUCCCGGGAAGCGGAACAUACAUGGCCUCAAGGUGAAUACAAGAGGCGGAUCAUCGAAUAACUGCAACACCUCCAUAUCGCCCAGCAAUAGCUUAAAGACGUCCUCUGCGGAGCUGAAAAAGAUUUUAGCCAAUGGAGAGAUCAAUGAACUUGACAUUCAGAAUCGAGACAUUCUAGGUCAUGGAAAUGGUGGAACUGUGUAUAAAGCAUAUCAUGUUUCCAGCGGGAAGAUCCUGGCUGUAAAGGUCAUCCCGUUAGACAUUACUGUGGAGCUGCAGAGACAGAUUAUGUCAGAGCUGGAGAUUCUGUACAAGUGCGAUUCCCCGUACAUAAUCGGGUUUUACGGAGCGUUUUUUGCAGAGAAUCGUAUUUCUAUCUGUACGGAGUUUAUGGAUGGAGGAUCCUUGGAUGUGUACAGGAAGAUUCCAGAGCAGGUUUUGGGAAGGAUUUCAGUUGCUGUACUUAAAGGCCUAACUUACCUCUGGAGUUUAAAGAUUUUACACAGAGAUGUCAAGCCCUCUAAUAUGCUGGUGAACACCCGCGGAGGGGUGAAGCUGUGCGAUUUUGGGGUCAGCAUACAACUAGUGAAUUCAAUUGCCAAGACCUACGUGGGUACAAAUGCUUACAUGGCGCCUGAGCGGAUUGCCGGGGAGCAGUAUGGAAUUCAUUCCGACGUUUGGAGUCUGGGAAUCUCAUUUAUGGAGUUGGCUCUUGGAAGAUUCCCAUAUCCACAGAUUCCGAAAAACCAUGGGUCUUUAAUGCCGUUCCAGAUAUUGCAAUGCAUUGUUGAUGAGGAUUCUCCCGUUCUUCCAGUUGGCGAAUUCUCCGAGUCAUUUGUACAUUUCAUCACUCAAUGCAUGAGAAAACAGCCGAAAGAGAGGCCAGCGCCAGAAGAACUAAUGGGCCAUCCAUUUAUUGUCCAGUUCGAUGACGGGAACAUGGAGGUCGUGUCCAUGUGGGUGUGUAGAGCGUUGGAGGAUCGGCGGGCGCAGAACAGCCAAGAGUGAGAAUAAACUGAUCAUAUGAACUAAUUGAUUCAGUAGAGCCUCUGCCCUAUCUACAGCGCAGUUCUGUUUACACGUUCAGUGCCAGAAGUGGUCACGCCAUAUAGGCAUGUUCUCAGUAGUAACCUAUUCCAGCUUCAUAUGGCGGAUCCUGAAGAAGAAUGUCGAAGGAAUAAUUUGGGAGCAUUACGAUGUGUCUCACUGUUACACAUGUCUCUCGCAAGAACAUCUUUAUAAUUUAUGUGGUAGAGAGGGCUUAAGGAGGGUGUGCUCUCUCUGCAUACGUAGCCGGAAACCGUUGGGGCCCAUAGGUCAACUUUACUCAUGGCGAUCUUCAGUUUGUGCGUUGUCUUCCGGAUUCUGCUACUUAUACAAGUGCCAUAUUGAUAUUGGAAUUUGGAGGCUUUUACUCGCUUGGACAUUUUGAUAGUUGUGGUUAGAAGAUGACUGGGUGACAUUGUAAUCUUUUAAACUUGCUGACGCUCAGGUUUACCCGCUUCCCACAAAAAAAAAGGAAAAGUGACUUUCUUUUAUGAAAUCCAUACGUUAUUAUUGUGGAUUUUGAUAGUAUGUCCUGCAGAAAUAUUUGCUUCCUCUAAUAAACUUUUUAUACAAA